AUGGCGCCAAUCACGACUCCAAAAUCCGUCAUAAUAGUCGGAGGGUCACUAGGUGGCCUGAUGCAUGCUUUGACUCUUCUUUCUUUACCUUCGCCGCCAAAGGUCCGGAUCUUGGAGCGCUCACCCACAGCACUACUUCACAACCAAGGAGCCGGCGUAGUGGCCGGAAACGAAACACAAGUCUUCUUUUCAGAAUACGUCAAACCUGGGAAGGAGAUUGCCAUCACAAGCGGUCUACGACAUUAUCUUGAUCGUGAUGGCAAGAUUAUUCCCGACAGUGUGGAGCAUCGGCAGCAACGGAUGACUUCGUGGGAUUUGUUGUAUCACUUGCUGCGAUGGAGAGUGGAAGGACUGGAGAGCAGCUAUGUUGAGGGUCUUGGGGCUAAUGAGGGGCCUAAGGCAACUUAUAAUAACGGCUGCACUGUCAAGGAGAUUGAGAACGUACCGGGUGGCGUCAAAGUGACUUGGACCGACAGAGACCGCGGCGAGCAGACGGAUCUCGUCGAUCUGGUCAUUGCUGCAGAUGGAGCCUCGUCAACAAUCCGACGGCUACUACAACCAGAUGUGGAGCGUAAAUACGCUGGCUACGUCGCAUGGCGAGGCACAGUGCCGGAGGAUCAGCUAUCGCCGGAAGCAAUAAAGGUUUUCAUCGAGAAAUUCACCUUCUUCCACUCCGAAGCGAUUCAAUCACUCGGCUACCUCAUUCCAGGCCAAGAUGGUACUACUGAGCCCGGCAAAAGACUCUUCAACUGGGUCUGGUACUGCAACUACGAAGAAGGCGGUCACGAUCUCGAAGAGCUCAUGACCGAUGUCAAUGGCCGACGCCACGCGAUCACGCUUCCCGUGGAUACGAUGCAGCCGCAAGUUUGGGAGAAGCAAAAAUCACACGCGAAGAGAGUCCUACCUCCUCAAUACGCUGAGGCGGUUGAAAAGACCGAGCAUCCGUUCAUCCAAGCCAUCACCGAUGUUAUCAGCCCAACAAAUCGCUUCUACGAUGGCAAAGUGCUAUUAGUCGGUGACGCGCUAGCUGGCUUUCGGCCACAUACGGCGGCUUCAACUGGUCAAGCUGCUUGUGAUGCUAUCAUGCUUGACCGGUUACUCAGGGGCGAGAUUUCGGCGGGUGAGUACGAUACUGAGGUUAUGGACUUUGCGACUAGGGUUCAGAGAUCUGGUGUUGUGAUGGGAGAUCGAAGUCAGUUUGGUCGGCAUCCUUUUGCUUCUUGA